AUGUUUAAGGAAAAAAUAUCGGUGUUAACAUUAUUUUCUAUUUAUAUUCUCUCAUCGGCGGCUGAUAAGAACACAUCAUUUUCUGCACUUUUCGCUUUUGGUGAUUCAGUAUUAGAUACCGGCAACAAUAAUUUUCUUUUUACUUUGCUUAAGGGAAAUUACUGGCCAUAUGGUUUGAAUUUUGACUAUAAAAUUCCAACGGGAAGGUUCGGAAAUGGAAGAGUGUUCACCGAUAUUGUUGCUGAAGGUUUAGGGAUCAAAAGACUAGUACCAGCUUAUAGCAAGAUUCGUCGCAUUGAUUCCCAAGACCUCAAAACCGGUGUUUGUUUUGCAUCAGGUGGUUCAGGAAUCGACGAUCUUACCUCCCGAACGCUGAGAGUAUUAUCGACAGGCGACCAAGUAAAAGAUUUUAAAAACUAUUUGAAAAAACUAAAGAAAAAAGUGAAACAUAAGAAAAAGGUAAAUGAAAUAGUUUCAAACGCAGUGUUUCUUAUAUCAGAAGGAAACAACGAUCUUGGAUUUUUUGUCGCUCAAGCUCUAUUACGAUUACAGUCCCCGAAUUUAUACACCAGUAAAAUGGUUGGUUGGACCAGAGAGUUUCUAAAAGAUUUAUAUGAUCUUGGGGCGAGAAAAUUCGCGGUGAUGGGAGUAAUGCCAGUGGGAUGUAUGCCUCUGCAUCGAGCUCUAUUCGGUGGGGUAUUCGGAUGGUGUAACUUCUUUUUGAAUAAAGUUACGCAAGACUUCAAUACCAAAUUGCAGAAAGGUCUUAUAAGUUACGCAGUAGAAUAUGAAUUUAGAGGUGCAAAGUUUGUUUACGUCGACAUAUACGGUUCUCUGAUGGAUCUUGUCAACCAUCCUAAGGCCUAUGGGUUUACAGAAGAGAGAAAAGCGUGUUGUUGUAUGCCGAAUGCGAUAAUACCAUGCUUCAACCCUGAUAAAUACGUCUUCUAUGACUUCUCUCACCCUUCUCAGAAAGCCUACGAAGUCAUAUCUAAACCACUUGUCUAUCAAAUAGCGAAAGGCCUUGCCUAA